CUUCGCGCGCUGUCCCGCUCCCGGCCCCGCCGCCGCGUGAGGGGCAGAAGGGGCCUCCUCGCAAGCCGGCGAGGAGAGCCUUCAAUACUCCUCCUGACCUGGGAACAUGGCGCUAAGCAAGCCUACCCUGUGGUGACAGGAGCCCUUUCAGUUCCCUGUCUUUCUCUCUUUCUCUCACCCACACAUUUCCCCCCCCCCCUCCGUAAUAUUUGGAACCGACCCUGGGCAUUAUGCAGGAGGCGGCGGCGGCAGAAUUCCGGGCUGUACCACUUCAGGUCGCAGGGUGCCAGCCUCCCCAGUUUUCACCUGAUGGAGAAUGUGGCAGGCAACCUACCUGCUGGGGCAGUGGCUGCUGUGCUGAAGCCCAGUGAGGGACUACCUGAAGGGAGCUUGACAGUGCAUGGCUAUGACUUUGACCGUGGAUUAGACUAUCAUGCCUUGCUCCAGUCUUACCUCACCACGGGUUUCCAGGCUACCAGCUUUGGGCAGGCUGUGAACGAGAUCAACCGCAUGAUAGAAGCGAAGCUGACGCCACUGGCCGAGGAUGAAGGGAACCAUGCCGACUUGAAUCCCUGUUCCCGCCACCUAACAGGCUGUACAAUCUUCUUGGGCUUCACUUCCAACCUCAUCAGCUCAGGUGUCCGUGAGACCAUCCGCUUUCUGGUGCAACACAACAUGGUGGAUGUGCUGGUGACCACAGCAGGUGGUGUGGAAGAAGAUCUCAUCAAAUGCUUGGCACCCACUUACGUUGGAGACUUCAGCUUGCGUGGAAAGGAACUACGACAGAGUGGGAUUAACAGGAUUGGGAAUCUGCUGGUGCCCAAUGACAAUUACUGCAAGUUUGAGGACUGGCUGAUGCCAAUCCUGGACCAGAUGGUGACAGAGCAGGACACAGAGGGGGUGAAGUGGACUCCAUCAAAGUUCAUUGCUCGGCUUGGCAAGGAAAUCAACAAUCCCGAAUCUGUCUAUUACUGGGCACAAAAGAACAGCAUCCCUGUACUGAGUCCAGCGUUGACUGAUGGUUCCCUGGGAGACAUGAUUUUCUUCCACUCCUAUAAGAAACCAGGCCUUGUGCUGGACAUUGUGGAAGAUCUGAGGCUCAUCAAUACGCAGGCCAUAUUUGCCCGGAAAACAGGAAUGAUCAUCUUGGGAGGAGGACUUGUCAAACACCACAUUGCUAACGCCAACCUCAUGAGAAACGGUGCUGACUUUUCUGUAUACGUCAACACGGCACAGGAGUUUGAUGGCUCAGACUCAGGAGCUCGGCCUGACGAAGCAGUUUCCUGGGGGAAGAUCCGCAUGGAUGCCAAGCCUGUCAAGGUUUAUGCUGACGCUUCCCUGGUUUUCCCACUGCUGGUUGCGGAAACCUUUGCACAGAAACCAAAUGCCUUUGCUCCAGAGAAGCAAAACGACUAAGCUGCGGACUGCUGCGUUCCCAUGUGCUUC